AUGAAUCCCAUUACGGCAGACGCGAUAGUCAUUGGAGCUGGCCUCAGUGGCCUCAAAGCAGCAGCAGAUAUUCAGGCAGCUGGUUUUACAUGCUUGGUCUUGGAGGCUAUCGACAGGGUGGGCGGCAAGACACUAAGCGUCCAGGCGAGCUCUAAACAUGGAGGCGUUAUUGAUUCCGGAGCCAUGUGGGUGAACGACAGCAACCAGGCCGAAAUUUGGAAAUUGUUUGAGAAGUAUGAUCUCGGCGCGGUUGUCCAGAGAGCUACAGGUAUUAGCUUUCGACAAGCUGAGGACGGCAGUACAAUCGCACAACCUUACCAUGAGGGGGUAUCUGAUGGUAAUGAGGAGCGCGCAAAAGAGAUGGGCCGUAUACACCAAGCGCUCCAGGAAGUUGUCGAGACGUCGGAUCUUGAGCAUCCUGAGACGAGCGCCGGUGCACAAAGGCUUGAUAGUAUAACAUUUGUCGAGUUUCUUCAGGAAGUCAGUCCGAAUAUCGGCGCUGUAAUUGCUUCUGUAGCUUCUACCGCUCUACUCGGUGUUGAGGCUCAUGAGAUUAGCGCUCUGUUCAUGGUAAACUAUAUUAAGAGCGGAUUUGGUAUAAGGAUCAUAACGUCGGAUGAGAAAGACGGGGCGCAAUAUAUCAGGGCUCGGCGCGGGAUGCAAGCUAUAUCGGAAGGUCUUGCUAGCGGCUUGACACCAGGCUCUCUUCACUUGAACACAGUCGUAAAGUCCAUUCGGAAAACGGAGGACAGGUCUUAUGAGGUGCAUUCCACUGCGAACACAAUCUUCAAGGCCAAGCAUGUGGUAGUGUCCAUCCCGACUAGCUUAUAUCAUACCAUUCAAUUCACGCCACCACUACCGGAGAAUAAGCAGAAGCUAGGCGAGAGCACCACCCUCGGUCACUUCAGCAAGGUUUCAUUAGUCUUCGAGAAACCAUGGUGGCUUGAGGCAGAUCUGUCAGGCGUAAUGACCUCUUACAAAGGGCCUAUAUCUUUCACUCGAGAUACCAGCGCGCCGGAGGACAACCAAUGGUCCAUAACCUGCUUUCUUGUAGGGGACAUGGGGCGCGCCUGGAGUAAGUCCUCGGAAGAAGAGCGACAGGCCGCAAUCCUAGAGCAGUUCAAUUCUGUCUUUUCCAUGGCGACGACUGUUCCGAAGCCUAUCGCCAUUCAUGAAAAGAUUUGGUCCGAGGAUCCGUACUUCCUCGGCGCUCCAUCUCCUGUCAUGGGCCCCGGGGUAUUAACCUCGCUCGGCUCGGAUGUGCUGCGGGCGCCGGUCGGGUAUAUUCACUUUAUCGGUACAGAGACUUCUGUUGUAUGGAAGGGUUACAUGGAUGGUGCGAUUCGCUCGGGGAAGAGAGGAGCGGAAGAAGUUAUUUCGAGUCUGCGAGGAUAA